CGUUAAAAGCACGUGGGUUUCUCGAACCGCCUUAUGUUGAAGGAUUUAACUUUUGUGCCAAAAAAAAAAAAAAAAAAAAAAAAAAAAAAUGUUUAAUACGACUCACUUUCUUGUGACAGAGUACGUUCAAAACUCUAAUUCUCUAAACAAGAGUGUCACUAAUAGAACAGUUAGUUUGUUUUUAGAUGCAUUUACAAGUGACACUCAUAUUCAAAAUACAAAUUAUUAAUUUUCAUUGAAACAUUAUUUUAAAUAUCGAGCGUGUUAAUUUUUAAUUAGUGAAUAUUGUUUUAUAAAUUAGAUAUUAAUUUACUAUAAAAUUGUCAAAUUAAUUUUGAAUAAACGUAUCGAAUAAUGUUGGUGAUCAACAAAAAUCAGAUAAAUAUUUUUAUUAUUUAAUGUGUAGUGUCAUUAAUAAAAAAUGUCAUUUGAAAAAGUGAGUGUUCCCGACGAAUCAUUAGGCAUGAGAUGUCAAGGAAGUGAUCAUUUAAAAAGAUCAUCGUUCAGUAUUGAAAGAUUGUUAGCUCCUUGUGAAAAAAGAUUUGAAGACAACCAGCUUCAUAAUCAUCAUCAUUCUUCCUUAAAUGACAAAGACGAAAAUACUGCUAAAUCUGCAAAACAUUUUUAUCAACAAGAAAAAAGACUUUCAGUGACACCAGAUUCUUCAAUGUCGGCUAUAGAAGAAAGUAAUUUUGAAGAAUCUGAUAUUAUUUGUUCAACAUCACCUGAACCAGAUAUAACUUAUGAAGCAUGCACCAGCAGUAUCGAUAAUAAUUCAACAAACAGAAUUGAUGUCGAUGAAAAAGAUAUUCAUGAAAGAAGUUCAAGUGCAGCUAGUGAUGAGGAGAGAAAGAAAAGACCUCGAACGGCCUUUACAGCGGCUCAAAUCAAAUCUUUGGAAGCUGAAUUUGAGAGAAAUAAAUAUCUCAGCGUCGCCAAAAGAUUGCAACUUAGUAAAAGUUUAAAACUCACUGAAACACAGAUAAAAAUUUGGUUUCAAAAUAGACGAACAAAAUGGAAAAGAAAAUACACAAAUGACGUUGAACUUUUGGCACAACAAUACUAUUCAAAUUUGGGAAUUCCCGCGCCAAGACCAAUUUUCGUUGGAGAUCGAUUAUGGUUCUUUAAUUAUCCAGGUCAACCGCAACCUGGAUCGUCGCUUUUGCAAACGCAUUUAUCACCAAUUCUUUUACCAUCGUCUCUGCCCAUUGUUCAACCAUUACCAAGUAAUUUAUCAUCAGGACAACAUGACACAAUUUUUCAUGAUGUACCUUCAAAUCAUCCUACUUAUCAUGUAAUGCAAAGAAUAGAUUUUAGGCAUCAUGAAUCGUAAAAUAAUAAUUAUAUUAUAAAAUGUACAUUGUUUUACAAAAAAAUAUUAUAUUUUCCCCAAAAAUUGAUUGACAACAAAAUAUGAGAGAAAUAUUAUUGUA